GUUCGCUCUCGACAGAAUCCCUUGUAUUCGUCCCAAAAAAUUGAUGUCGGUUUCCACAGUGUGGAUUUAGUGUUUUGAGUGUUCAGUGUAUGUUUUAAAGUGAUAAUCGUCGUCGGCCCCGUCGUUUUUCCCGGUUCACGCCGGUAUGGAGGCCGGAUGGGCCCGGGUGGUCUGUUGUGGUAGCGGGGGAAGCCAAUUUUUUUGGUAUCGGUCAAAAUCGUUUUUUGCUAGCUGAGCAAAUUUUGGUUAUAUUUCUUCUUCGUACGUGUUGGUCAUUGACCAAAAGAGAAAAUCCUUGACGGAAGUCGGCAGUGGGCAAAUGAUCCUAGCAGUCGUGCCCAACAGUGCUUGAGAAACGCAUAAUUAAAUUGAAUUGAAGUAUUUGUCAAUGUAAACAUGAAGCUCCUAAAAAAUAACAGGAUAUGUUUGGAUAAUCAGACAAACGGAAUAAAUUUCCACGAUUUGUCGCACCUCAUACUUCAAACACUUGAGAUAAGACCAGAUCAGUAUUAUUUAGUGUGCAAUGGUAAAAUUAUCCGCGACGGACACAUCGACUCUACUCAAACACUUUACAUAUAUCCCCGAGUGUUGGGUGGGAAAGGUGGGUUUGGUUCGAUGUUAAGAGCGAUCGGCGCUCAAAUUGAGAAAACCACAAAUCGAGAGGCAUGUCGAGACCUCAGUGGCAGGAGAUUGAGAGAUAUCAAUGAAGAACAAAGGUUAAAAAAUUGGAUAUCUCAACAAGCUGAGAGAGAAAAAGAGGCGAAAGAGCGCAAGAAGAAGAAACUGGAAAAACUAUUGGAGAAUCCCAAACACGAAUUUAAAGACGACAACUACGAUAAGGAAAGAUCCUCCUUGCCCGAGAAAGUUGAAGAUGCCGUUUUGAAAGGGCUGGAGGCUUCAGCCUCCAGUAGUGUGAAACGCAAACACGAAACACAAGAUGGUCCAAAAAAAAAGAGGAAGUUAUGGGUGGAUACUGAACUGGAUGAAGAUUUGAGUUCAUCAGGGUCUGAAGAUGAGGAAGAAUAUAAGAGAGAGACUUCAGAAAUACAAGAUAGUGCUUCAGGACAAGAUAUAACAAUAGCAACUCAUUCAUCAGAUACUGAGCCCAAAAGCGGCAAUAGUUCAAAUGCACCAUAACUGUAUUUUUAUACUUAUGGAUGUAUUUUUAUUAUUUCUUUGUUGCUGGUUAAAAAAGUGCCAUUUCUGUUUCUUCAACCACUGCAUCUUCGAUUGGUUCGUCGAUUAUGGGCACCCGCAUUUGGUUUCGCGUAUCCUCAGCCUCAUCUUCACUAUCCGUGUCACGAUCUUCACCAGGAUGCGC